GUGAGUUUGCCCAAUGAUUCAUCUCUAUGUCCAUUGUCCACUAGCACUCUCUCUCGAGUCUUUUAUUCUUUAACCACCCCCACCCCACCCCAUCCCUCAGUCCCUCUUCUUCCAGCUUAGUCGGCUCAAAUCCUAAAAGAAUAAAACCCUUCUCUGAAUCUUCUUGUGGUUAUCGGACUUUGCACAAAAAUCUGAAUUGAAGGCCAAUUACUUUCCUGGGCAUUAUUUAUUUUCUUGGGGAAUUAGAAAGUAGUGCAAAAAAGUUGUGUUGUUGUAGAUAAGAGAGUUGUGGAAGCGGGCGGAGAGAUGAAGUGGGGUUAUGGGUCCAGGUCAAGGAGCCGGCACAGCUCUGUGGUGGCGGUGGCGGAGGCGGAGGAGGCGUGUGAGGGGAGUCAAUUUGGUGAUGAGGGGUUGAGGCAGAGUUGCUGGAAUAACAUGCCUAUAGAGCUUUUGAGAGAGGUGUUGCUGAAGAUUGAGGAGUCUGAGGCUAAGUGGCCCAUGAGGAAGAGCGUGGUGGCUUGUGCUGGGGUGUGUAGUAGCUGGAGAGAGAUCAUGAAGGAGGCUGUCCAGACCCCUGAAGCUUCUGCCAAAAUAACCUUCCCAAUUUCAGUCAAGCAGCCUGGCCCAAGAGACUCUCUCAUGCAGUGCUUUAUAAAGCGAAACCAGUCUUCACAAACAUAUAAUCUUUAUCUUAGUUUGACUCAAGCAUUGGCUGAUGAUGGGAAGUUUCUCCUUGCUGCUCGCAAGUAUAGGCGGACCACCUGCACCGACUACAUUAUAUCUCUGCAAGUAGAUGAUAUGUCAAAGGGAAGUGGCACUUAUAUCGGGAAAUUGAGGUCAAAUUUUCUGGGAACCAAGUUCACAGUGUAUGAUGCUUCAUUGGCGCAUGCUGGAGUGAAAAUGGUGAAAAGUAGAUCCACUAGGCUUGUGGCCUUAAAGCAAAUUGCUCCAAGAGUGCCCGUUAGCAACUACGAAGUAGCUCACAUUUCAUAUGAGUUGAACGUGCUUGGAGCCAGGGGUCCAAGAAGAAUGCAGUGUGUUAUGGAUAGCAUCCCAGCUUGUGCCAUUAAACCUGGGGGUGUGGCCCCAACACAGACUGAUUUUCCAGUUAGCAAUAAUGAUUCAUUUUCAACAAUACCGUUUUCCCGAUCAAAAUCAGCCAGUGUGGAGAAAUCUUUAUCUGGAUCCCUGGAGAACCAAACAGAGGGAGCACUAGUUUUGAGAAACAAGGCUCCAAGAUGGCAUGAGCAACUCCAAUGCUGGUGUUUGAACUUUCAUGGACGGGUAACAGUUGCAUCAGUAAAAAAUUUUCAGUUGGUGGCUGCUCCUGAAAAUGGGGUGAGUGGGCCAGAGCAUGAGAAAGUCAUUCUACAGUUUGGGAAAGUAGCCAAGGAUGUAUUUACUAUGGAUUUCCGCUACCCAUUGUCAGCAUUCCAGGCAUUUGCCAUCUGUCUUAGCAGCUUUGAUACCAAGAUUGCUUGUGAAUAACAUGGAUUCAGAGGAACGGAAGGAAAGAUUGUUUGGCAAAACCAAAUAAACAGUCUGAAGUGGUUGCUUGCAUUGCGGAGCUAGCUAGCAUGAUAUGAUGUUAUUCACAAUUUACCUUCAAAUGUUUUCUUAAUACAAAGACUAGUCAGUGAUGGUUGUAUGUUUAAUUAGGGGCAUUGGCUGUUGUUCAUUAAUUUGUCUACAUUACUGUGUAAAUGCAACUUCUUUUUCCUUGACAAUUUAUCUUCAUCCCCACCCCCCAGCUUUGUUAUCA